GGUGGUUUUAAGGAGGUUUUAAUAAUAAUCUGAACUCCCUGCUUGACUGUAACACACUGUUUCUAAACUGGGAUUAUUAAUCCAUGAACAAAUACGUGCCUGCAGUGAGCCAACAGAUCCAAACAGAUGGAUAACAGCUAAUGGAGUGACUGGUGGUGCAGUGAUAAAAAUAACUCGAAUUUCUGAAGAACGGACACUGUUUGGUACUAUUUGGGUGUAUUUCUCCGACCUUUGACACACGCCUGACGUUGAGGAGAGCAACACCACUAAUUCGUUUUUUGGGAAGUCGCUUGUGACUCAUACAGUAUCUUUGAUCCGUCCCUGGUCAGUCCUGCCAGCAGGGCUCCAGGGAAUCACUUCAUUCUCGGAAUCAACGCCUCGGAGCGUAUGGAGACUAAGUUCUGCGUCUGGCGCGCAGCUCGAUGUCCUGGAACAGAUCCCAGAAUAAUUCAGAGCAACAGACACUUUCUUUACCUUUGCGGGACAUAAAACAUGCGAUGUCUCGGUCAAGGGGUCUCAGUCGACACCCACAAACUCAAACAGGGAACUCCCACGACGUGUUUCGGCUGUUUCUCCGUUGAGCGCUCACUCACCCAGCAGCAUCCGUGAUCAUGACUUCGGGUCUGCCUGCCUCUAAAGCCGUGUACAUCGGGAUGGAGGUGGUGAUCGCCGUGUCCUCGGUCAUCGGGAACGUCAUGGUCGUCUGGGCUGUGCGUAUUAACCGGUCUCUGAGAGACACCACGUUUUGUUUCAUCGUCUCCCUGGCCUUGGCUGACAUUGCGGUCGGGGCUCUAGUCAUACCCCUCGCCAUAACCAUCAGCAUCGGACUCAAGACGCACUUCUACAGUUGCUUGCUGGUCGCCUGCACAGUGCUCGUCCUCACUCAAAGUUCGAUCCUGGCGUUGUUGGCCAUCGCCAUCGACCGCUAUCUGAGAGUCAAAAUCCCCAUGAGCUACAAGCGGGUCGUGACCCCUCGGCGAGCCGGCACAGCCGUGUUGUUGUGUUGGCUGGUGUCCAUCAUAGUGGGCCUCACGCCUAUGUUGGGCUGGAAUAACCUGCAGCUUCUCCGUGACAAUGGCUCCCUGAUCACUGAUGACCUCUUGGUGACCUGCGAGUUUGAGACAGUCAUCAGCAUGGACUACAUGGUCUAUUUCAACUUUUUUGGCUGGGUGCUGCCCCCUCUGCUACUCAUGCUGGCAAUCUAUGUUGAGAUUUUCUACAUGAUUCACAAGCAGCUCAAUAAGAAGGUGACAGCAAGCCACACAGAUCCGAGACGUUAUUUUGGCAAAGAGCUCAAACUGGCCAAGUCGCUGGCCCUUGUUCUUUUCCUCUUCGCAGUCAGCUGGCUCCCUCUUCACAUCCUCAACUGCAUCACCCUCUUCUGCCCUGCCUGUGAAAAGCCAGAGUUCCUCAUUUACAUCGCCAUCAUCCUUACCCACGGUAACUCAACCGUCAACCCCAUCGUUUACGCUUUCCGCAUAAAGAAAUUCCGCACAGCGUUCCGGAAAAUCUGGAAACAGUACGUGCUUUGUCAGGAUCCAGUUGGUCGGCUUCCACAAAGGGGGAGCCAGAGAGGACAGAGUCAUGAGAGGAGGCUGAGGCAGAAUGAUGAUGAUGACGAUGAUGUGUGACCUUUGGCAGCUAAUUGUGUUGCUGUGUAACUGUAAAGUUUCACUCCAAUGGUUCACAGAAUGGAAAAGACUCUGGCUUUAUUUCCAUACUUGAGGGAUUACUGGUCAAAAUGGCUCAGUUGUAUUGUAGGAUGUCAGAGGGAUGAAACAGAUGAAGGAACUCCAUUGUGGACUGAAGGAUUUCCUCCAUCCAACAUGCUCCAAGGGGAAAGGGUGAAAAAUCAGCAUGGAGACAAGAUCAACAUCCUAAUUCAGGCUUUGAUAUAGGGAGAACUGAGAACUUGUUUCUCCGCUGGCUGACAAAAUUAUGAUGAUGUUGUACGGGAUAAGGGGCUUCUCAUCAGUUUCAACAACAACCUGUUGAAUUUGAAUCAGCACGUGUAUAUCUGUAGCACAUAUGGUGCAAUAGUAGUGUAUCCUGUACUGUACUAUUACUUUUGUUUAAUCUGAACUAAAACUCAUGGCCUUUUUCAUGUGAAUGAUCUUAAAAAAAAAAAAAAAGUUAAACAUCUUAUGUGCUACAUUUACAUUUGCCAAUUUCAGUGGCCUUAUAGAUAGAAAAUGAAGAAGAGGAACUGAGAAAAAAUGUAUUGUGGUGACAAUCUGGAAUCUGGUAAACCAGUGGACAAGCACAAGGUUGGCACAACCAGCUUGGUGCUUCGAGAGGGACCACAAAACAGGAUGUAUGCUGGCUCUAUUGAUGAAAAAAUGUAUAAAUUGACUCACUUGCUGUUGAAAACGAGGAUCUUUGGGGUGACAAACUUCUGGUUUACCAGCUGUGCUAAUGGAAAAGUUACGCAGUAACCCAUCGGACUCAUGGCCUUUACACGCAUGGCCUGUGGUGCAUUAGCACGUGAAGGUUUUUUGAAACUGCUGAUAUCUGACCAACAGAAUGACUAAUACUAGGUAAUAGUUGUAGCUGAAGGUAAUGUCCAUGGUACUUGUACAAAUGUACUUGAUUCUCCUCAUUAAAUAUUUGUGGACAUGGACAAUGGUAAAAAAAAAUCUAAAGAAUGUUGGAGCUCCUCCAUCCAAUGAACUUAAUUUCAUCUCUGUAAUAAUCAUCUUAACCAUAUAAUAUACCUCUGCUGUAUAUGUAUAGGCAAGCCCUUUCCACUACUUGCAGGGGUGUUCACAGUCUCACAGUCCCAAACUUUUCCCCCGAUGCUUUGCAAUGAAGUUGGUUUACCACUGUAGCAUCAUCACAACCUCUGUCAUUUUUGUCAUAGAGCUGAGUUAAGCCUUUAAAAUGAGUGAGUUUUGACAGUGAAAGGGGACUGCUGACACUGAUAAUAUGUACUGUAUGUAACUAAUGUAUGUAGAAAAGUUAAUGGAAGAUCAUAUAAGCCUGUAUAAAAUUCACUUCACUGAACAAACAGCAGUGUAUCUCUCAUGUAUCCUGUUACAGCUGUUGAUUGCGCGAGUACAUUGGGGAAUCCAUCCAACAAGCAACUCAUUAGGUUGUUGUUGUUUUUUUUAAUGACAGCAACAAAUAGUAAGUAGUAAUAGUAGUAAGAAAAAAUGUUACAGCAUAAGGCAAGCCCUGACUGGCAACUGACUGACCCUGACUGUGUGUGCAUUAGCAGGUGGAUGCAUCAAAAUCCACUGACAGAAAUAGCAUCACACUUUCACCCCAUGUUUUUCUGUAUCAGGGGCAUCAGUGAUGGGAGGCCAUUUUUUCUGUGCACAUAUUGAUUUUCUGUCACUCGGCAGAAAGCGGGUUCGGGUGUGAGUAAGUGAGGAGCUUAUGAGGGUGGAGUCCAGGGGUGAGGUGGGAGAGGGUGGAAGGAUUAUUCUGUUUACAAGGGAACGGGUGGGUGAGAGUGCAGCUGAGGAACUCAUCAAGAGUUUACAUCUCUGUGGAGGUCAUGGCCACUCUGAUGCUCUCCAUUCAACAAAACAGGCCUGUUAAUGUGCCCUUGUUGAUCUCUGUCUUACCCUGCUGUAGCACUGUGUGUUAUUCAAUACGCACGCACACUCAUGCACAUCGUAUGUCUUCAUCAGACAAGUGUACUCAUUGUGUUUCCAAUGCUGCUCUUGUAACAAUGUUUCCAUGUUAUACUCUUCUCACUUUGUGGCCAUGUAAAAUCCUUUUUAAAGCCACUAUGUGUAGAAUUGUGUAGAAUUGUGAUGGGUGGCAUUACAUGCAGUCUAAAGACCUGGUCACACCAGAAUUUGAAACAGCAUCAGUUAUCAUAAUUUAUUACCUGUGUCACACCAUCCACUUUUAUCUAAAAUCAUUUGUGGGGGUAAAAACUAUUCCACAUAAGAACAAUGUUUAUUAGACAGGAGCCCAAACCUUUCUGUAUAAAGACUGUAGGUCUUUUAAAUAAACUGUGAAGAUGCUGCUCCAUUAGCAACAGAGCUAAGCUAACAAGCUAAUGAAUGUGUUAACUGAGUGCUUUGUUUUCCUUGCUUAAUAACUUUUCACUGGAAGAAAUGGCGUGCAAGUAAACAGUAGAGAGAAAAACAGAGAAAAGCUCUUAGAUCAGUGCUAGCCCAGCCAGGCCCACUAGUGUGUUAGUAUUUCAUAUGGACAAUCAAAUAUAAUUUUGUGGUGUGACUGUUACUUAACACUCUUUUUUUUUGUUUGUUUGUUUUGUUUGGAUACUAACACUGGGGGAAUUAAAGUCAGAAAUUUUUGAAUUAUACACGUAGUGGCUUUAAGUUUUAAUCUGUUUACUUUUACUGAAUCUGUGUGAUGAAUGAAACAUGAUUUGUGCAAUAUCCUCAGAUGUAUAUUAACCAUAUAUAGAAAAAAUCUGUAGCUUAGAUAUUGUACAUGUACACAUGUUAAUCAGCAUCGAGUGCUGGUGGCCUGACAGAAGUAUGUGCUAGUAUGGUGAGCUGUUUUGUCAGUCUAUAAUGAUGGAGGAAUAAGUGAAUAAAUAGGUCAAUAGAUGGAAUUAAAAA